AUGGCGAUCGGACGCGGCCGGCUCUUGCAGCUGCAAUGGCAGUGCCUCUUGGCGCGGCCCCCGCCUCUUGGCUGCUUUGGCUCAGCUUUCGGGAGCCCCGGGGCUGCCGCGGGGCGCGCAGGGUUCAGAACGAGGCCAGGCGCCAUGUUGCCCUCAGGCCCCGCUGCCCUGAGUCGCCAUGCCCGGCAGGACAAGGUCUGCAGAAGGCCCAGCGCAGGCUGCUCUGCGUCCCUGGACAGUUUGCCCUCAGAGGUCCUGCUGAAGAUCCUGUCCUACCUGGAUGCGGCGGCCCUGCUGUGCGCCGGGUGCGUGAGCAGGCGCUUCUAUCACCUGGCCAACGACAAUUUUAUUUGGAUCAGACUCUACUCAGCUGCCUUUUCACCUAAAAGAUCUCACUGGAGAGUUGACCCGGCAGAGAAGAUGGACUUGUCCGUCAGCUUACUGUCAGCGGGGGAUAAAGAAGCUGGAUAUUGGAAGAAAGAGUAUCUUACAAAACAGAUAGCGUCUGUAAAGGCGGCUCUAGCGCAGGUUCUCAAACCUCUGCACCCCAACACAGGCCUCCCGGUGAAGACCAAGGAGGCCCUUAGAGUGUCUGGCCUCGGCUGGGUGAUCAUCCUGAGAGGAGCCGACGGGCGAGAGUACACCAUGGAGCACGCCGACCUCUCCGUCAACGACUCCUCGGUCACCGUCGCGUGGUACGGCAAGGACUGGCCGCCUCUGGCCACGCUGUCCACCUUGGACCUGUGUGGGGUGACGCCAGUGUUCAUGGGCAAGUCCAGAGCCCCCAGCAGGACCAGACCCCGAUGGCAUUCUCUGAUCACCAAGUACCAGCUGAGCCAGCUGACCGAGUCCAGCGCAGUGGGCGGCGACAGGCUGAUGCGGGUCUUCUGCCUGCCCCCUGGCCUGGUGGUGGGGCUCUGGAAGAGGGAGGAGGAGCUGGCGUUUGUUAUGGCAAAUCUGCAUCUCCACCGCCUCGUGGAGAGGAGCGUGCUGGGGUCGCCUGCUGUCCCCUACGAGCUGCCUCCGCACACACCCAUCUCGGAUGACAGCCCCGAGCGUGGACUGCACGGCUACAGGCUCCACGUGGACAUGCACAGUGGGGGCGUGUCCUGCCUCUGCGGCUCCUUUCGCAAUCUCUCCGCCAGCAAAGGAUACCUUGAAAAUGAAUACAUGAAGCUCAGUGUGAUAAGUUUUAAAAAUAACACAGAACACCUACCUCUUAUUGGAAAAGUUGGCCUUUCUUGGAAAACUAAUAGUUUUGAUGGCUGUAUAAAGAGUUGCUCCAUAAUGGACUUAACUCUUUUGGAGGAGUACGGGCAGCCCUUCUGGUGUUUCAGCUCCCCGGUGUGCGUGCGGUGCUGCCCCGGGCCCUCCGACGGCCCUAAUUUCUUGGGGGAGGCGUACUACGUGGACUACUCGGACUCGGAAGGAAGGCUGCACAUGGAGCUGGUGUGGAUUGAGGAGACGGAGGAGUACUUUAUCGUCAGCCUGGCUCUCUACCUGCGCUUGGCAAAAGUGAACCAGUGGUUUGGGACAGAAUACUAA